GAAAAAUUCCCGCUGGGCAGCCACUUUUGACCCGAAUUUUGCGAAGUCCGUCGAACGCUGCUAACAACCAUGGCUGUCAACGGGACUCCCUCGCCAUUCGUGACCCUUGUGUCUUCUGACGGUUUUGAAUUCCACGUUCGCCGCUCAGCAGCCUGCGUGUCGGGCACAAUCCGUCGGAUGCUCGACACCCAAAGCAACUUUAGUGAAGCUCAAACUGGCGUCUGUCACCUCGAAAACAUUACCGGCAUCGUCCUCGAAAAAGUGGUCGAAUAUUUUUAUUACAACGAGAAGUACCGUAAUAGCGAAGGCGUUCCGGACAUGGACAUACCUUCUGAGCUGUGCUUGGAACUUCUCAUGGCUGCUGAUUAUCUUCUCACUUGAAGAAGCGGGACUACGAAACCAGAAAAUGGGUCAAUUGUUCACAUGACACUGACCACCUGCUCAAGCAAGCACACAUCAAGAGAGGUCAGGAAUACGCCAAGCAAUAUCAUUUCUGAUACCUUGGGGGCACUGAGAUAUCUCGUCCGAGGUAUUCUUGGCUGUACUCAUCCCUAUUCAGAUUGAAGAUCCGUCCAGUCUCCACAACAUGUCUGUCUUGUGGAAGCCAGUGAGACAAGACCUCUCAGUGUCAGCAAGGCGCACCAUAUUGGCAAUCCUAGAGUUCAGAUCCGACAUGGAACUCGGUUUAGGCUCCCAGGACCUAGAGCCAUAUGAAAGAACGUGAGCCUCGUCAGAUUCUCGAGGACCAUGGCAAAAGAUACCGCUGGACAUCCUGUUGCCGCGAGAGUUCGUUCUCGUAUUGCAAUCCGUCUCAACAAGAUCAGAGACGUUGAUGAGUACAGAUCAAAACUGGGACUUCUGAGUUCAAUAGUCCAUGGCAAGGGUCGAAAUUGUCUCAAAAAUCAUCCCCUUCCUUCCUCCCCAUCUCAAGCAUAUACGUGGCCUUUCUCUUCACACGGGUCAACGUCUAUAGAAGGUGGCAGAUCAGAGCCUACUCCCUAGAUCAUCAGGCAGUCCGCCUGGCUAUUUCUCCGUGCUGAUAGCGGACGUUCUCUCAAGGGGAGACAAUACUUGCAUUCCAUCCAAGCUGAAUUAUGCUGUUUGAAUGACAUUUCAUAGCCAUGUUUUUCACCAGCAGUAUGACCUUUAUCAUGAUAGACUCAAUCGAAUUGCGCUGGUCAGCUCAUGCUCUCUUGCGUGUAAUAUCUAACGGGGUAUCA